AAUCCCAUACAGGAGUGCGCCGGUUCCAAAGACGCGGUAUUUGCGCGCAUUGUUAAUAAUGGCGGCGCUGUAGCAAAGACCUGACCGGAGACGUCCCACACAGAUGCAGAGCUGAGAUCGGAGAGACCCGACCAUGGAGUCUGUUCAUCCCAACCCAGCGCUGUACCCACAGGGCGUGGCGCCGAUCCGAUGGGUGGUAUCGGAGAACCGGGAGGUUCGGAUCAAAGAGGAGCCCGUGCCAUGCUGGGACCCUCCCAGAGAGCCUGUCCCUGUUCCACAGUGUGGACCGGUCUAUAUGCAGCAGCAGCACAGCCGGGUCCAGUCUGAACAGAACCAAGCCCGCGUACAGCAAGGAGCGGCUGCCAGCGUCCCUUCAACCUGUAAGAAGGGUUCUGUGAUGGACGCUGAAGAGACCGAAGACCACAGGGGGUCCCAAAGUCCCGUCAUCAAAGAGGAGGCUUCGGAAAUGGAGUGCACCCCCAGACUGGACCCCCCCGACCCCAGGAUCCUCCGAGUGAGCCGGUUCGACCUGGAGAGGGGCUCCACCCGCUUCAAAGCCCUCCGUCAGACCCCGUCCCUCGGGGCCGCGGUGCGGGACACGGAGCCCGUCCACAUCAAAGUGGAGGUUUACCAGCCGGGCGGAGAGGAAGAGGAGCGGCGGAGCGACCCCGUCCACCAGGAGGAAGAGGCCUGCGCUCUGGAACCUGGGCAGAUCAAGGUGGAAGACGCGGAGAUGGGUUCUGUUCCCGAGACCCGGCGGUCGGUCCGGAUUGGAGAGGAGACGACCGGACAAGCUGCCGUCUCCAGCGUGGACAGCGGACAACCUGCUGCUCUCCUUGGUAUUAUCAGUGGACAGUCUGUCCACCAUAUUACUUUCAAAGGGCAAACGCUGGUCUGUAAUGCAGAUGACGGACUGGCUUCUAGCCAUAGUGUGGGCGAUGGACGCACCGAUCUCCCUGGUUCGGACAACAGACCUACAGCUGUGCAAAAUACAGGCAGUGGAGAAACGGAUGUUCUUGGUAUUGCUGGCGGCCAGCCUCUUCACAAUAUUGACAAAGGGCCAACGUUGGUCCAUAAUUUUGACAACGGACACACUUCUGUCCACAGUAUGGACACUGCCACCCCCAGACAACGUUCUUCCCACAGCAAUCAGACUGUCUCUCCACUGGAAAUGUCCUGCAUUCGGGAGGAGGAAACUGUCCCUACAGACAAAAUUGUCCGCGGUGAUGCUGUCGUCACUGGACUGGAGUCCGCACUCAAUCAAUACCGUGCCCCUGGACUAGAUGCUGUCAGUCUUCAAAAAGACGCCUUUAACUGUGUCUCACAACUGGCGUCUGCUCCCGUCAACAAUGAAGAUCCGCAAGAGGAAUCUGUCCACGUAGAAAUGGAGGUCCCUCAAGCUGCGUUUGUCCAAAAGGAUGUCCACGCCAAUGGCGAACGUCAAUUGGACUCAACCCAAACUGGCAAAGGUGCCCUGCUUGUGGAAUCGGUGCAUGCAGACCAAGAGAAGAACCCUGAACCAAAAUACGUGCCCCUUAACAAGCUACACGACGCCCGCUGGGACAACAGUCUUCCACAAGUGGAAUCUGUCCACCACACCGCGCCUGCCCCUGAACCAGCUCCUGACCGCAGCGGUGACGUCUCUGCAAUGGACACUGAUCCUGCAGAGGAGAAGGAGGAGGAGGGGGGUGAAAAAGAAGGAGCCCAGAUUUCCGAUGACACCCCUGAACUUCGGACAGCCCGCUCGGAUACGAGGACCCCCGACCCAGACGAGACUGAAAUGGAACCUGACCUAGAAAACGAUGAUCCUGGACCGGACUCGGUCGUCGUUGACAAGAAGGUCCACGAAACCGGAUCCCUCCACCCUAACGAGAAGACUUCCGGAGACAUGGAGGUCCCAGAUCCGAAGACUUUCGACACCAACGCCGCUGAAAAGCAGGACCCUAAAGUCCUAGAAAAGAGAGAAAAGGCAGCCGGCCAAGAUGAUGAUGAUGAUGAACCGCAGUCUCUCCUUCAUAACUGUGAGGAUCCCGAAGUGAAAUCCGCGCACUCUGGUUUUCCGGAGGCUGAAACGGAAGAGGCUGCCGCUGAGGUGAAAUGCACGGUCGUAGAAUCCCAUGCCUGCCCCCACUGCCCGACGGCUUUUCCCGUGAGUCAGGAUCUGGACAAGCACGUGAAAGACCUGCACAGCGAAGAGGAUGCCGAGAAACGCAGGACUAGGCCUGUGAGCUCGAGAAGGACUCCCGCACGAUCCAGACAGGCGUCCCAGGUGCAAAAUCCAGGACCGGCCGGCACGGACAAGACCCGCGGCAAACAUAGCUGCCCGGACUGCGGGGAACGUUUCCCCACCCCAAAAACCUUAAAAAAACACAGGGCCACCCACCAGGAAGCUCUGCUCCAUCCGUGCGCGGAGUGCUCCAAGACUUUCAGAGACCCGGAGCUCCUGAAAAGGCACCGGCUGGUCCACAGAGAGACGGAGGCUGCCUUUAAAGACGUCGGACUGUCGAUUUUAGAGGCAAGCCGCUGGCGGAGGAAACAUCAGUGCCCCGAGUGCGGGAAGCACUUUCUCCACACCGCCACCCUCAAGAAGCACCGGCAGCAGCAGCACGGGGGCAAGCCGCGCCCCCACCCCUGCGGCGAGUGCGGUCGCUGUUUCACAGACCAGUCGCACCUGAAGCUGCACCAGAAAACCCACAGCGAUGAGACUCCCGUCGCGUUCUGCUGCUCUGAUUGCGGCAAGGUUUUCAAAACCAAGAAACACCUGAAAAGGCACCAGCUGGUUCACUCGGGAGACACACCUCGUUUCCCGUGCUCGGAGUGCGGGAAGAGGUUCUGGGACUCGGGGCAUUUGCGGAGACACCAGCGCGUGCACACAGGGGAGAUGCCCUAUCCGUGCGACGGCUGCGGGAAGAGGUUCCGCUUUUCUGGAGCUCUCCGGAAGCACCAGAGGAUACACACGGGGGCGCUGCCGUUCCAGUGCGCGGACUGCGGGAAGAGAUUCCGGGAAUCCAGCACCUUGAAAAAACACGAGCUGAUCCACAGUGGGGAGACUCCUUUCCUGUGCCCAGAUUGUGGGAAGAUGUUCAAUCAGAUCGGGAAUCUGAAGAAGCACCAGCAAAUCCACGCAGGCUCAUCUCCUUACCAGUGCCCGGAAUGCCAGCGCUGCUUCAACCGCGCGGAGAACUUGAAGAGGCACAGGCUGAUCCACGUGGCCGAGACCCUCCACCCCUGCCCGGAAUGCAGCGCCUCCUUCCGCAGCGCGGCGCGCCUCCGCAAACACCGGGGGGAGCAGCACUCGGGAGCGCAGGGGAAGCGGCGCCUUCGCAAACACCAGGGGGAGCAGCAGCGCCUCAGCAAACACCGAGGGGAGCAGCACUCGGGAGCGCAGGGGAAGCGGCUCCUCAGAGUCUGCGAGGAGUGCGGUAAAAGCUUCAAGCACGCCGGGGAUUACCACAAACACUGCCGGAUCCACACGGGGGAGAAGCCUUACCCCUGUACGGAGUGCCAAAAGAGCUUCAACCACCUGGGGAACCUGAAGAAACACCUGCUGGUGCAUUCGGGGGAAACGCCCUUCGAGUGCCCGGACUGCGGGAAGAAGUUUAGCCAGAAGGGGAACAUGAAGAAACACAGGCGGACCCACAACGACGACCAGAAGAAGAGGAGGAGGAAGGUGGUUAAGAAGAAAUAAUCACUCACCUGAGUUGUCCGAAAUCUCAUCAUGAAAACCACAUCAUUGUGCCUCUGUCUAAAUGUAUAACUGGUGUCUUCUGUGUUUUAAAUAAAUACGUAAUCAUUGCAGAAUCUUUAAAUCCGAUUACAAAAUAAAUGCAUGGCAGAUUUUUUUAUUCCUAUUACAGAAUUGAAUGGUUGAAUUUCCUCUCGUUUUAAAGAAGUGCACUGCAUACUUCUCUCAGAAACCGAACAGCAGAAGCGCUUUUAGGAAAAUACCUUUUUGUGUUACUACUGAUUUUUGUUUCCUAUCAAUAAAGAAAGAUUCGAAAUCACCUUUAUGAUUGCA